UUAAUUAAUCUGUACUAUUUUUGUUUACCAUCCUUUCUUCUGCCUUCGUUAAUUUGUAUCAAAAUUAAGAAAGGAAAUCUGUUAUUAUUGCGUUUUAGUAAAUAGAUAAUUUAUAAAACAAUUUAAACUCUUUCAAUUUUGUGUGAUACCUGUAGAGCUUUAGUGUUAUAACCUCAAAAUGUCUGACGACGAAGAUAUUCCGGUUAAGAAGAGCAAGCAGAUUCAUUAUGGGUCGCUGGAGGAGCAGGAGAAGGCGCGGCUGGCAGCCCUGGCUGCUGCCGCGAAGGAAGGAGUCGAGGAAACUGGCGGCCAAGACUUGGGAGAUAUACAAAUCUCAAGCGAAUACAUGGAGCUGGAGGAAGAAAUGUCCAGGGACAAGAAGGCGCUGCUCGAGGAGUUCGAACGGAGACGGAAAGCUCGUCAGCUGAACGUUUCAACCGAUGAUGAUGAGGUGCGUCGAAGUCUUCGGCAGCUGGGUGAGCCCGUGUGUCUCUUCGGGGAGGGACCUGCAGAGAGGAGAGUACGACUUCGAGACCUGCUCAGCUACCUGGGUGAGGAUGCAAUCCACAAGAAGCUGGAAGAAGAGGAGGCUCGCAUAGAGAGAGACAGGGGCCGCGAAGGUACCUGGUAUCACGAAGGACCACCAGAGCUGAGAGACGCUAGGCUUUGGAUCGCGCGGUACUCGUUACCAAGAGCCAAACGAAGAUUGAAUAAAGCACGAGAGGAAUUAAAAUUGGCUGGCAGCGUACGAGCGGCCGCCAAGCAGGAGUCGCAGAGAAGAGCGUCUGCUAUAUCCACUUAUUGCAGUCAGGUAGGCGAUAGUCGCCCCAUCAGCUUCUGUAGAUUCAGCGGCGACAGCAAAAUGCUCAUCACAUCCAGCUGGUCUGGUCUGAGUAAGAUAUGGUCUGUGCCCGAGUGCACUCCGCUGCAGGUCCUGAAGGGCCACACGUGCAACGUGAGCGCGGCCACCUUCCACCCGGCAGCUACCAUACCCGACCAUUUCCUUGAGAAGAUUAAUGCUGUGAAGGAUAGUGAAGAGGGGCAGCUGGCUAUGGACACGAGUGGUGACUCCACCAGCGUCUGCAGCAUGGCGUCCUGCGCUUACGACGGUACCGUUCAUCUGUGGAAUUUCGUCAGCGAAGCCCCGAUCGCGUCUCUGCCGGGCCACAGUCCGUCGCGGGUGGCGCGCGCAGAGUUCCAUCCGUCGGGCCGGUUCCUCGCCACCACCGUCUUCGACCACUCCUGGAGACUGUGGGACCUAGAAACUGCAAAAGAAGUGCUGCAUCAGGAAGGGCAUGCGAAGCCAGUUUACAGCGUCGCAUUUCAAGGAGACGGCUCCCUCGCCGCUACGGGAGGUAUGGACGCGUUUGGCCGCGUGUGGGACAUACGGACCGGUAGAUGCGUGAUGUUUCUAGAAGGUCACCUGGGACCGGUGCAGGGUAUAGACUGGGCACCAGCCGGACACCAGCUCGCUACUGCCGCCGCUGACAACCAGGCAAAAAUCUGGGAUCUACGCAGACGAGCGCCGUUGUACAGUAUACCUUCACACACGCACCUCCUCAGUGAUAUCCGAUACCAGCGCAGUCACGGCCAUUUCCUGUUAACGGCCUCUUAUGACAAGUCGGCUAAGUUGUGGUCCAACCCAGCAUGGCACCCGCUACGGACCCUCUCUGGACAUGAUAAUAAGGUCAUGAGUGCUGAUAUAUCUGCAGAUAAUAAAUAUAUAGUGACGUGCUCAUAUGACAGGACCUUCAAACUGUGGGCGCCGGAGUUAUCAUAAUUACAGAACUUAGCAUUCCAAGAAGUCACCGUGCAGGAGCCCGGACCAUCGUGCGACAGAGAGGGAGGCUCCGAGCAGUUCCCCAGGACUUGUGAUCCGGGUGUAGGUUUCAGAGGCCCCUCGCCAACGUCAACAGUCACUUUCACCGUUCGUGUAUUUUUUUAUGUAAUUCGAAUGGUGAACAAGCUGACGGUACUGAUGGUAAGUGGUAACU